AAAAUUGAAACACCCGAAAGUGUGAGAGAGAGAGAGAGAGAGAGAGAGAGAGAGAGCUGAUUCAAAGUUCCCUUCUCUCUGUUCUAUUUUUCUUUUCCAAGAAAAAAAGAAAAGAAAAAAAAAGAAGAAACCCCUAAACCCAAUCGUCUCUCCGCUCUAAUUUCAGCACAGGGCUUUGAAUUUCUUCCUCUCUUUUUUUUUUCCCCUUUGUAUUGAUUUUUUUCGAAUAUUUUUGGUGUUUUGAUUUCUUGUUUUCAGUUGGGAUUGAGGUUUUGUGGAAAUGAGUAGCAAAAGAGAAGAGGAGAGAAACGAGAAGAUUAUAAGGGGUCUUAUGAAGCUCCCUCCCAAUCGACGAUGCAUCAACUGCAACAGCUUGGGCCCUCAAUAUGUGUGCACGAACUUUUGGACGUUUGUUUGUACUACAUGCAGUGGAAUACAUCGUGAGUUCACACAUCGUGUUAAGUCGGUUUCCAUGGCUAAGUUUACUUUCCAAGAAGUAGAUGCUCUUCAAAAAGGUGGUAACCAGCGUGCAAGGGAGUUAUUUUUGAAGGCCUGGGAUCUGCAAAGGAAUAGACUUCCAGAUAAUAGCAACGUUGAUAAAGUUCGUGAGUUCAUAAAGAAUGUCUAUGUAGAUAAAAAAUAUUCUGUGCAGAAGUCAUCUGAUAAACCUCCAAGAGAUCCACAGAGCUUAAGAAGCCAUGAAGAUGAGACGAGGCGAGCAAGCUCAUAUCAUUCUUAUUCUCAAAGUCCGCCAUAUGAUUUUCAGUAUGAAGAACGACGAUACGGGAAACAUGGACCUACACUCACUAGACCUGGUUCAGAUCGAGGAUUUUAUGAGGGAAAGCUCGCUAGUUUUUUAAGUCCCACUCAUUUAAAUGACGAGAAGUUUGCAAAUGAGGGAUCUUAUCCCAGAAUCUCAGAUUAUUCUGUUUCUGGUGGAGGUGAUCCUUUCAGAUCUGAUGUUUUAUCACCCAGCUCUUGGAAAGAGAGUGGAAGCCCCUUUAGUGAAACUUCAAGAGAUAUCUCGGGUGAAGUUCCACAGGUUGAUUCAUUUCAACGUAAUUCAGAUGAAAAUAGCAGAAGUAAUGGGGGAAGAAUACGGCAUCCCCAGAGAACUGCAUCUUCAGGAAGCUUUGGAUCAUUUGACAGCAGUUCCAUGUCUUUCAGAUCAGUAAAUUCUCUGGGCUUGCCUGAAGUUGGUUCUGAACCUGCUCAAUCUGCUGUGAUUUCCCAUGAAAAGUCUUCAUCUUUCCAAUCUCUACCACAAUCUUCAGGUUCCAUGACCUUUGAUGGCUUGGACCUCUUCAGCGCACCUUUUGCACCACAAAAUGGCACUGUUACAUCUCCAACUGGUAGUAAUUCUCAAUUGCCUCAGUCAUCGUUGGCUGAAUCUGUUAAUGUAGUCCAACAAUCUCCUAUUUCUUCAGUCCCACUAUUCACUGAGCAACAAUCAUCACAAAUCCCAGAACCUUUGCCACUAGACUUGUUUGUGGCCCUGUCUCAGCAACAUUCGGCUGUAUCUUCUCAUGGAAAGGCUUCUGAUGCCGUAAUCCCAAACAGUGGAGGAUGGGCAACAUUUGAUAUGCCUUUGAAUGUGUUGCCUAUGGGUACAGAAACUGCUUCCGCUGCUGCAGUGCCAUCUUCUAAUGGAAAUAACUUAGGAAACUUAAAUCCAUUUUCAAUUGAUCAGAAUUCUUCCUAUGAAGGUCCUACUGGUCAUGAACCUCCUUCAUCAAUGCAUACUUUUGGGCAUGAAAAUUCACAAAAUAUUGAAGCCACUAUAAAUAACACGCACUUCUGGAACGCAUUUGAUGAUUCUGCUGGAGGACAACCCAUCCAGGAUGUGCUAAAAAUUAAUGGACAGACCGCAGUGCACUGUACUUCUGAUGCUGAUAAAUCUCUUGGUUCUGGUGUAUAUGAGGCUAAUGAUGGCACUGUAAGAACUGCAGAUGUGGCUGAACCUCCAUCAUCUAGCUUAUCAUCAGAUUUCAGUAUGGCACUGAAUGAUUUCCCCAUGGUUGCUGCAGUGGCUGGCACACACCCAUUUGCAAUUGAUAAUAAGCCUACCAAUCCAUUUGAUCUGCCCUUUGAUCCGGACAUGGAAUCCAGCAAUAUGGGACCUGGUUUUCUGUAGGGGAAGUGGGAGUGUACUAACUUGUCUCAUAUGUUUUCUGCUUGGUGCAUGGCCUAAUUGAGGCACACCACAGGUUUUCCAAUUAUUAAUCAGCCUAAUGCUGACAAUAAACAUCAAUCUUGAUCAAUUUUUUCUUUUCAAAUUUAGUUAAAUCAUUAUCUAUUUAAAACAGUGAACUGGUUUAGAUGCUUUUCCAAGAUCUGUGUGGCCAACAUAGAUUGUGCCUUUUACAAUUUGCUUCUCAAAAGAUGAGCAUGUGCCUCACGUACUCAAUCUGCUAUUAUAUUGCAGUUUAUGCAGCCUGAUCUAAUAAUUUAAACUGCCCCAAACAUGCCUAUUAACAAGUCAACAUUUUUACAUGCCUAUUCAACAUGCAUGCACAUCUUUUCACAUACUGUUCUAUGUAAUAUAUUUUAUUUUGCGUAUUAACAAUUCAACAUUUUUUUAUUCUUGAACAAUGUUUGCUUAAUUAGCUAGCUAGGAUUUAUAGCAUUUGGUGCUUAUACAAAUUACUUUAAUGUUGUUACCUGAUUCCUAUUAUGGUUUGGUGUCUUCACGAGAAGCUUAACUAUAAUGUGCUAGUGAUUUACUCUGUAUGCAUAUAUUAGUGUCAUGUGCACUGGUAGAUCUGUAUAUGACAACUGGUGGGAAUAUAAUUUUGAAGUGUCAAGUAAAUGAAUGGUACAUCCAGUAUUUGUAAUCAAGUGGGGUCUAUGAAACUUUAUUUUCCUGAUUAAAUAUUAAAAUAAAUCAUUAUCCAAAACCGUACAUAAGAUAACUUUGUAUUUACAAAGUAAAGCAACUGCUGGUAGAAUUCAUAUGUUAAGAAGUGUUACAUGCAGCAUGCUACUGUAGAUUGGGAUUUCUGUAAGAUGAAAGGGAUCACAACGAUGUUCUUUAUUCUUUUAUUAGUGCAUUAUGAGUGCUGUGAGUAGAGGAAGCUUG